UUUUUUUUUUUUUUCAAGAGCUUUUAAAUACUACAACUUUCACUGAAGAUAACUUUACUUGCUGUUGUGCGAGCUGUAAAAAUGUGAACUAAUCUUCUUACAAAGUUACAUGUAAACAGCAGUGAGCAAUGAACACGCUGGCUGCUUCGCUCCACCUGCUGAAGCUGUCCGUUAGGAGGCUGGGAUCACCUCACACGUGUGGAAGGAAAUUCCACAGACUCGCUGGGUUCCAGUCCUGUGCACCUCAAAACUUUCAAGACUAUGAAAGCCUCCGUCAGCUGUACAGACCAGAGGCGCCCGAGUAUUUCAACUUUGCGAAGGAUGUGCUGGACAGAUGGGCUGAGAGGGAGAAGGAUGGGGAGAGGCCAUCAAACCCUGCCCUGUGGUGGGUGAACAAUGCCGGAGAAGAAAUCAAAUGGAGCUUUGAGGAACUCGGGGUGCGUUCCAGGAGAGCAGCGAAUAUCCUGGCGGGAGCUUGUGACCUACAGCCCAGAGACAGGCUUCUCCUCAUCCUACCCAGAGUGCCGGAGUGGUGGCUUGUGAACGUGGCCUGUUUGAGGACAGGGACUGUCCUCAUCCCUGGGACCGCCCAGCUCACUGCCAAGGACAUCCUUCACAGGCUCCUCAGCUCCAGCGCCAGAUGCAUUGUCACAGAUGAGAGCCUGGCCCCUCUCGUAGACGCCGUGGCAGCGGAGUGCCCCUUCCUGAAAGCCAAGCUGCUGGUAUCACAGCAGAGAAGAGAAGGCUGGCUGAACUUCACAGAGCUGUCAAAGGCUGUAUCAAGCGACCACACCUGUGUGAAGACUAAGAGCAGUGAUCCGAUGACCAUCUUCUUUACCAGCGGAACCACAGGCUCUCCGAAAAUGACCCAACACAGCCACUGUAGCUUUGGAGUCGGGCUGGCCGUCAAUGGCAGGUGCUGUGCAGAGAUAGGAGAAAUUAAAAAAAUGAAAAAUCGCAGUUUAAAGGGAUGUAUUAUUCCGUUUACCAUACUCCAGUGUGUCCAUUUCCAGUAUGCUCAGCUGUUAGACUUAUUUUCUCGUAAAUAAGCUGUCAUCACAAACAAAGGCUUUAUCACUGCUGUGUGCAGGACCUUGAGUUGGCUGUUUUGCUGAUUACAUUAUAAUUGCACAAGAGGGGAAGAUGGGAACACAGUCUAGCUCCAGUUUUCCUGCACACCAA